AUGCCGACCAUCUUGAUCCUCAAUGGCCCCAACCUCAACCUCCUCGGCCUUCGAGAACCUCAUAUCUACGGGUCGACUACGCUUCAAGACGUUGAAAACAUAUGUAUUGAAUUAGGCAAGCAGCAUAAUGUUACAGUGGACGCAUUUCAAAGCAAUCACGAGGGCCAGUUGAUUGAUCGCAUUCACGAAGCUCGGAAUAAAGUGGAUUUGAUCGUGAUCAACCCAGCAGCCUAUACACAUACCAGCGUUGCCAUCCGAGAUGCCCUCCUUGGUGUAUCAAUACCGUUCAUCGAAGUUCACAUUAGUAAUGUUCAUGCUAGAGAGCAAUGGCGACAUCACAGUUACUUUUCGGAUAAAGCUGUUGCUUGCAUCGUCGGUUUAGGGACAUUCGGGUACGAAGCCGCUAUUCAGCAUGCGGUGCGGAAUCUUCUUCCUAAAUAUACUUCCAAGUGA